CGUGUCAUAAAAAGGCCAUACAAGGUCACGUGGCAAAUCCAGAUACAGAAAUGAACUAAGAAAUGAAGGCCCACGUAAUCUAUUACUCUGGGCCACGCGGCCCACGCCCCACUAAACUAUCCAAGUGAGACACCCCGCCCACGCAUACUUUGCCACGUAAUAAUCACCAUCUUUAAUGGCGGCUUCGUCUUCCUCCACGUGUCUAACCCUUUCCCCUACGUACUUAACUUAACUUAUCCAGGCUUGACAAAUGGUAAUCAAGCACUCUAAUCAAAGGAGGUUAAGUGGGGUGAAGUUGAUUAACUUUUUACCCCAACGGUCCCCUGAAACGGGCAUAAAAAUCCGUCCGUCCUAGGAGGGUGUCAGCGGCCACGUGCGCUCCACGUGUCAUGCCACUGAGGCUGCACAUCCACCAACCAAAAAGAUAAAUCUGAAAAAGAAAUAUAAUAUUUUACGGAGCCCACACGUCCUCUCACUCUCACUGCUCCGUUCUAGAUACCAACUUUCAACGGUCAUAUUUGACGGACAUCUUCCAACGGUCACUUGAAACUGAGCGUCCACACCGUCCGAUCUUCAAUCCAACGGCUCCAGAACCAUCAAACAUUUUCCCUAACACACAGUAAUUUAUGUUUUCGGUUUGAUAAUAAAAUAACAAUUAAUAAUGGCGGGGAGGGAGGGAGGUCCACCGGAUGUAGAAAAGCAGGUAUGAUGGAGACAGCCAUUGGAGCUCUUCAGUAGGGGAGUAGUAGGAGAAACGUAUUAGCCAGUAGAGAGAGAGUGAGGGAUAGUGAGAGGAGAGAAGAGAGAGAGAGAGAGGACAGUACGGGGAAGGGAGAGACGUAGCUUUACUAGGUCUGCAGAGUUGUUGCAUAAAGACGGAAACUUUGGAUGUUUUAGGUUCGUUUGGGGAAAUAGUGUUUUGGAUUAAGACAAGAGAGUUUUUGGAGAUGAGGGUUCUUUCUUGAUUGUUCUGUUUGUUUCUGGGGUCAUGCAUGGGGUUUCUGGGUAUUGCAUUGAGUCGUGUUUUCCGUGUAAUGGGUUUGCUGAAUGCGUCAUAUGUUCAUCUGGGUCGAGGGAUUUCUGUUGAUUUGAGCGUUCCAGAGCUUUCAAGUAUGUGUGUUCUUGUUCAUUUCUUGACUCUGAUGAGUUUGAUUUGUUGACGGUUUUGGAAUCCGAUGAUUUCUUGUAUUUGUCUUCUAACUGUUUGAUGAAUUGUCUAGUCUAGGAAAAACAAAUUCUUUCGUUAUAUCUGGGUUGGGGUGGGACAUUGAUUGGUCAUUCAUUCAUUCAUUCAUUCUUCCUGUUGAUAAUCCAAAUUCUUUCAUUCUAUUUGUCAAAUACAUACAUCAUACUAUAGGCAUUAAGUUGAUUCUUUAUCAUAGGCUUCCUUUGGUUUUUCUCAUCGGAUUCCUGUUAUUCCUUUAGGUUUAUUGAUAGAUCCAUACACUCACAUUACUUGAGUUUCCUUUUCUGAAAAUACUCUCUCUGUGGAUUUCAAACAUUCAGAAGCUUACAUUACAUGUGCAUUUAGGGACGGUUUGAGGUUCAUAGUUAAGAAACUUUUUAGCAGAGGUUGGAAGAGAGGGUGUGAGAAGAAAGGGAGAGGGUGAGCAAAAUAGGGAGAGUGAGGGGAGAAAACCAAAAAAAGAAGAGCAAAACUGGAAGGAUAUAGAGGAUGUUGGCUGGUUGUUCUAGUUCCACAUUGUUGUCACCUAGGAAUAGAUUGAGAAGUGAGUCAGCAGCAGCACAGUUUCCAGCUUGUCAUUUCCAGUUACCAUCAAUGAGCACACAGAGAUUGGACUUACCAUGUUCAUUCUCUCGGAAAGAGUCCACAAGAUCACAACCCAUUAGGCCUGUUGGAGUCGUCGGCCUUUCAGUUGACAACAAGCCACUCGAAUCCAAGACCAGCGGUUGCUCUCUCAGGCAGACAAUCCGGCUCCCUCCAUUGGCAACAGCAGCAGCUCAUCAAUCAGACUUCAAGGACGAGUUUUGGGACAGAAGAGGUAACAACAACCCGAGGAAGAAGAAGAGGUUUGCAGCAGAUGACGACGAGUCUUGCAACAUCAGGGCCAAGAGGAAGAAAGGGGAAGAUGAAAGGGUGUGCUAUGUCCCUAGUGAAGUGAUUACACCACCUCUGCAACCGUUGUCCAACAACAACCCAUGGUUUGACUCAGUUAUAACUGAGAUUACUCGCAUAGGGGAGAAAGACGGAGAGAGCAGCCAAAUCCCAGUGAAAGAAGCUUCUUCAGGUUCUAGUCCUUCAUCAGAAAGUCAAAGCUUGGGGCUUAGGUCACUAAGUGAGAAUGUUGAGGAGCAUGAAGUGGGCAAUGGCUUAAGCAAUCCUCACCAUCCACAGCCAGGAGCAACUGCCGAUGCUGCAGCCGAGGACGAUCAGCAAGUAGAGUAUCAGGGUUUCGAGUUAGUCAGCUUGCUCACAUCAUGUGUUGAAGCAAUCGGGGCAAAGAACGUUGCAGGAGUCAACCAUUUCAUAUCCAAGAUGGGGGAGCUUGCUUCUCUGAGGGGAAGUUCGAUCAGCAGGCUGAGUGCUUACUACACUGAAGCUUUGUCCCUCAGGGCUACAAGGAUUUGGCCACACAUAUUCCAUCUCAAUACCCCGCGCGACCUUGGUCGGGUUGAAGAUGAUUCAGGCACCGCAUUAAGGCUUCUGAAUCAGGUGAGCCCAAUUCCAAAAUUCAUUCACUUCACUGGCAAUGAGGUUUUGUUGAGGGCAUUCGAAGGGAAAGACAGGGUUCAUAUCAUUGACUUCGACAUCAAGCAAGGUCUUCAGUGGCCUAGCUUCUUUCAUAGCUUAGCAUCCAGAGGUAACCCACCAAGCCACGUUAGAAUCACGGGUGUAGGAGAAUCGAAGCUGGAGCUAAACGAGACUGGCGACAGGCUAGCUGGAUUUGCCAAUGCGCUGAACUUGCCAUUCGAGUUCCAUCCAGUUGUUGAUAGGUUGGAAGAUGUGAGGCUAUGGAUGCUUCAUGUAAAAGAAGGAGAAACUGUUGCAGUGAAUUGUCUCUUCCAGUUGCACAAGACCCUGUACGACACCAAUGCAGUAGCAAUGAGGGAUUUCCUGGGAUUGCUCAAGAGCGCGAACCCAAUAGUGGUGGUGGUGGCAGAGCAGGAAGCAGAACAUAAUGGCCUCAGCUUGGAAUCCAGAGUGUGUAAUUCAUUGAAGUACUACUCUGCAGUAUUUGACUCCAUUGAUUCUGGCCUACCAUUGGAAAGUCCAGUGAGGAUGAAGGUAGAGGAAAUGUUUGCAAAGGAGAUCAGGAAUAUAGUUGCUUGUGAAGGGAUUGACAGGCUUGAGAGGCAUGAGAAGUUUGGGAAAUGGAGGAGCUUACUGGAGCAGGGCGGGUUUCGGUGUAAUGGUCUCACUGAAAGGGAGUUUCUACAGGGGCAGAUGUUGUUGAGGAUGUAUCCUUCUGGGAGCUAUGGAGUUCUGAAGCAGCAGCAAGGGCAGGAUGGCGGCAGUUUAGCAGCACUCACUCUUACUUGGUCGGAAGAGCCGCUCUACACAGUCUCAGCAUGGUCACCUGUGGACAACAUUGCGGGAAGCUCGUCUUCAUUUUCUCAUCAACCUUAGUUUGGAUCUUUUCCUUUAUACCAUACAGAAAAAGUAACACAGAAAUUCUUUGUAGGUAACCAAAAAGCAAGUCAGUGAUUGCUAUUAUUAUUCUUUCAUUCUUUUCGUUUGCAAAUAUAUAGCUUUUGUCAGUCUGAGAUAGUGCAUCAAGAACCACAUUUGUUUGUAUGAAUACAGAUAGUUUGUCACAUACUGGAUUCAGAGUCCUUUUGUCAGUCGUCUAUAAGAAUAGGAAGUUCAUAUGAAUUGUUUCAUUCUUUGUUAUGUACUGAAGAAACAGAUAGAUACGUGCAGCUAAGGUCACACGAGUUCAUUCAAAUUCUGUGAAAUAUAUAAUAAAAGUUCAGCAUAUUU